AUGAAAAGGAAGUUAGAAGGAUUAUCAGCUGUUCAAAUAUAUGAUGAACUACUGAAGUCUCCAAAAAGUUCUUGGACUCAAAUGAUUUCCCAACUACCAGCUACUGUGAAAAGUGACCUAGUUCAGAUUUUAUCAAAAAAGAAAAAAGAAUGUAUAGAAGGUUCAGAUAAUAGCACAUUGAAAUCUAACUUAAGUACUAAUAUGGGUCAUAUUUAUGAAGUAAAAUCACAAUCUUUGGAAGUGUCUAAUAAAGUUAAUACCUCUAAUGAAAUAAUUAAUGUUCAAGAUAAUAAUAUAAACUUAUAUCAAGAAAGUUUAAAAGAGAAGGGAUAUAUAAACCUGGAUAAUAAUGAUGAUUUUAUAGAAAAAAAAAAUUUAAAUAAUCAAAAUUUAAAGUUACCAUUUCAAGAACCUUGUAAUACUACUACUAUUGAAUUAAAUAAAAAAUUCUUAAACUUAAAGGUAUCAACAUAUUCCCCAAUAUACCAAAUAAUAUCAAGGGCAAUGUAUAUUGCAGGUGAUGAUAGAAAGAUACUAAAGGAUGCUAAUAAUGAUGAAAUAACGGUCAAAUGUGUGCAAUCAUAUCUCAAUAUUUGGAUAGCCCUUGUAUGGAAUAACCUUACUUUAUCUAACUCAAAAAUCUCAGGUAAACUUAAUAAUAAAAUAUUAAAAAAUCUUUUAAAAAAUUUAUAUAAAGAGGAAAUUGAUAAGUUAAAUUAUGAUUAUUUAAUUAGUAAAGUAGCUCACAAACAUUUUGUUACAGGAAGUAAUGUAAUUAAUCCAGUAAGCUCAGUUGAGAAUAAAGAUAUUUCAGUUACACAAGAUAUAGAAAGUAUUACUUGUAACUCAAGUACACUGAGUAAUACUAUAAAUACAAGAUUUGAAAAUCGUCUUAAACUUCGUGAUAUUAGAACUAGGAAUAUGCCAUCAGAUUCUUACAAAGAAUUUGCACUACUUCGUGAAAAAAAUUUCCGACCUUCAUUAAACACCUUGCAUGAUUGGUUAAAUAUAACUUGGAAUACUACUUAUAACAAUGGUAUAAAAGAUUCAAAAGUUUCAGAUAUUCCAUCUGGUUGUUUACAGAUAUUCAGUUUUCUUAUUAAUGAUAUAAUAUCAUCAAUUGUUGAAGAUGCACUUCAAGUAGCACUUUGUGAAAUAAAAUAUGAACAAAUUUUAAAUGAAUAUAAAUCAAAUGAAUAUAAAUGUAAUAUAAAAGAAGAUUCAUUUAUUAAAAGAAUAAAUGAGUUAAAUAAAAUAAGCUCAUCAAAAAAAUUUGAUAACUUAUUGGAAUAUUACAAGAAUUUAGAAAAUAUCAAAGGAUCAUCAAAAAAUAAUAUGAUAGAACUAAGAGUUGAUCAUUAUUUAGCAGUAAUUAUUAAUAAAAUAAAUGAAAAAGAUAUCAAUUUAUUAUAUAAUAGUUGCAAUCCAACUAAAUCAUGUGACUUAACUUUGUUAUACAAAAAUAGUAUAAUUGAAUCUACAGUUAUAAUUAAUAGAAUUUCUGAAUUAAAUGAAGUUUUAACAAGUCAAAUAAUAAGAGGUAGCUCAAAUUGGUGUACUAGUUCCUUUAAAAAAUAUGAAAUUAAUGAUGAUAAGAUCUCAGAAAAUUAUCAAAGUGAUAAUGUAAAACAAAAAUCAGAUGAAGUUAAUGAUAUGUUUGAUGCUAUUUUGGAAUCUGCAAUAAAAGAUUGUCCGAUAGAUAAAGUUUUUCCAAUGGGUGUAUCAGAUAACUUUGGAAUGUUUGCUUUAACAAGAUUAAGACAUUGUAUUGAAAUUUCACAAGAUCCAGAAGAUUUAACUAAGAUUUUCAAUACUAUUUUUAAUGAAUGGGAAAUGGAUACUAGCAAAUCUGAAGAUGAUAAAAGUAUUGAGAUACAGGAAGCAAAAUCAAUAUCAAUUAAUCGUGUAAAACAACUUAAUAAAUAUAUGGAUAUAGCACAUAAAGUAUUAGCAAUAAGCAAUUUACUAAAAAAAUUGAAUGAAGAAAUGAUAUAA